AUGGCGGGAGCAUCCGUGAAGGUGGCGGUGCGCGUCCGGCCCUUCAACUCUCGGGAGAUGAGCCGGGAAUCUAAAUGCAUUAUCCAGAUGUCGGGAAGCACCACCACUAUCCUGAACCCGAAGCAGCCCAAAGAGACACCAAAAAGCUUCAGCUUUGACUAUUCCUACUGGUCCCACACCACGCCCGCAGACAUCAACUAUGCAUCUCAGAAGCAAGUGUACCGGGACAUCGGCGAGGAGAUGUUGCAACACGCCUUCGAAGGCUAUAACGUCUGCAUUUUCGCCUACGGGCAGACGGGUGCCGGAAAAUCCUACACCAUGAUGGGGAAGCAGGAGAAGGACCAGCAAGGCAUCAUCCCGCAGCUGUGUGAGGACCUCUUCUCCCGCAUCAACGACACGACGAACGACAACAUGUCCUACUCCGUGGAGGUGAGCUACAUGGAGAUAUACUGUGAGCGCGUGAGGGACCUCCUGAACCCCAAGAACAAGGGGAACCUGCGGGUGAGGGAGCAUCCCCUUAUGGGCCCUUACGUUGAGGACCUUUCCAAGCUGGCCGUGACCUCCUACAAUGACAUCCAGGACCUCAUGGACUCUGGGAACAAGGCCCGCACAGUGGCUGCCACCAACAUGAACGAGACCAGCAGCCGCUCCCACGCCGUGUUCAACAUCAUCUUCACGCAGAAGCGGCACGAUGCCGAGACGGACAUCACCACCGAGAAGGUCAGCAAAAUCAGCUUGGUGGACCUGGCAGGGAGCGAGCGAGCCGACUCCACUGGCGCGAAGGGCACAAGACUAAAGGAAGGAGCAAACAUCAACAAGUCCUUGACCACGCUGGGGAAAGUCAUCUCCGCCCUGGCCGAAAUGGAUUCGGGGCCAAACAAGAACAAAAAGAAGAAGAAGACAGAUUUCAUCCCCUACCGGGACUCGGUGCUGACCUGGCUGCUGCGAGAGAACCUGGGGGGCAACUCCAGGACAGCCAUGGUCGCUGCUCUCAGUCCUGCCGACAUCAACUACGAUGAGACCCUCAGCACGCUCAGGUACGCCGACCGUGCCAAGCAGAUCCGCUGCAACGCCGUCAUCAACGAGGACCCCAACAACAAGCUCAUCCGGGAGCUGAAGGAUGAGGUGGCACGCCUGCGCGACCUUCUCUAUGCCCAGGGCCUCGGGGACAUCAUUGACACCCAUCCUGCUGCGGGAGGAUCCAAAUAUGUGUCCGACUUUGAGAACAAUAAUGAUGCUAGAGGGGCAGAGCUGAGUCACCGCCAUGACAAUCUCUCCACAGUGACCAAUGCCAUCGCCGGGAUCAGCCCCUCUUCCUCCCUGUCGGCUUUGUCCAGCCGCGCUGCCUCCGUCGCUAGCCUCCACGAGCGCAUCAUGUUUGCUCCGGGCAGUGAAGAGGCGAUCGAAAGGCUUAAGGAAACGGAGAAGAUCAUUGCGGAGCUGAACGAGACAUGGGAGGAGAAGCUGCGGAGGACAGAAGCAAUCCGGAUGGAGAGGGAAGCGCUGCUGGCCGAAAUGGGGGUGGCCAUGAGGGAGGACGGAGGCACCUUGGGUGUUUUCUCUCCUAAAAAGACCCCCCACUUGGUCAACCUGAACGAGGACCCGCUUAUGUCCGAGUGUCUUCUGUACUACAUCAAGGACGGGAUAACAAGGGUUGGCCGAGAAGAUGCAGAGAAGAGGCAGGACAUCGUUCUCAGCGGGCACUUCAUUAAGGAAGAGCACUGCCUUUUCCGCAGCGACACCAAAACCGGCGGUGAAGUAAUAGUGACCCUGGAGCCCUGUGAAGGCGCCGACACCUACGUGAACGGCAAAAAGGUGACGGAGCCCAGCAUCCUGCGCUCAGGAAACCGCAUCAUCAUGGGGAAAAGCCACGUCUUCCGCUUCAACCACCCCGAGCAGGCUCGGCAGGAACGGGAGCGGACCCCGUGCGCCGAGACACCCGCUGAGCCCGUGGACUGGGCUUUCGCCCAAAGAGAGCUGCUGGAGAAGCAGGGCAUUGACAUGAAGCAGGAGAUGGAGCAGCGGCUCCAGGAACUGGAGGACCAGUACCGGAGAGAGCGGGAGGAGGCGAAUUACCUUCUCGAGCAGCAGAGGCUGGACUAUGAAAGCAAAUUGGAGGCUUUGCAGAAGCAGAUGGACUCUAGGUAUUACCCUGAGGCCAACGAGGAAGAGGAAGAACCUGAGGAUGAAGUGCAGUGGACGGAGCGGGAGUUUGAGCUGGCCCUCUGGGCCUUUAGGAAAUGGAAAUGGUACCAGUUCACCUCCCUCCGCGACCUGCUUUGGGGCAACGCCAUCUUCCUCAAGGAAGCCAACGCCAUUAGCGUGGAGCUGAAGAAGAAGGUCCAGUUCCAGUUCGUGCUCCUUACGGACACACUGUACUCGCCUCUCCCUCCCGACCUGCUGCCUCCCGAUGCCGCCAAGGACCGGGAGAAGCGGCCAUUCCCCCGCACCAUCGUGGCCGUAGAGGUUCAGGACCAGAAGAACGGGGCAACGCAUUACUGGACCCUGGAGAAGCUGAGGCAACGCCUGGACCUGAUGCGUGAAAUGUAUGACCGUGCAGCAGAAGUGCCUUCUAGCGUCAUCGAGGACUGCGACAAUGUGGUGACCGGCGGAGAUCCUUUCUACGACCGCUUCCCCUGGUUCAGGCUGGUCGGCAGUUCAGAUAUCUCUGGCUGCAACAGCUCUCCUCUUUUCAACACAUGCAUGAGCGAGCGCAUGGCUGAUCUCACCCCCUCCCCUACCUUCUCGAACCCCGACUCCGACAUCACCGAGCCUGCUGACGAGCAGCACCAGGGGCAGGAGGAGGAGGAGGAGGAGGCGGAGGACCUGGAGGAAGACAUCUUUCCGGAGUGCCCGCUGUGUGAUGGCCGGGAUCCGUUUUACGACCGCUCCCCCCUGUUCAGUUUAGUAGGAAGGGCCUUCGUCUACCUGAGCAACCUCCUCUACCCCGUGCCCCUGGUCCACCGCGUGGCCAUCGUCAGCGAGAAGGGCGAGGUGAAGGGUUUCCUGCGCGUGGCUGUCCAGGCCAUCUCAGCGGAUGAGGAAGCCCCCGACUACGGCUCCGGCGUGCGGCAGUCGGGAACGGCCAAGAUAUCCUUCGAUGAUCAGCACUUUGAGAAGUUCCAGUCGGAGUCGUGCCCGGCCGUGGGGAUGUCUCGCUCGGGGACCUCCCAGGAGGAGCUGCGCAUCGUCGAAGGCCAGGGGCAGGUCAGCGACGUGGGUCCCUCCGCCGACGAAGUCAACAAUAACACCUGCGCAGUGACCCCAGAGGACCUUCUCCUGGACAGCCCGGAGAAGCCUGUGCCGGACGGGCCGCUGGAGACGGCUCUGGACCACCUGAAGCUGGGCAGCAUCUUCACUUUCCGUGUGACGGUCCUGCAAGCCUCCAGCAUCUCUGCAGAAUACGCAGACAUCUUCUGCCAGUUCAACUUCAUCCAUCGCCACGACGAGGCCUUUUCGACGGAGCCCUUGAAGAACACGGGACGGGGUCCACCGCUGGGCUUCUAUCAUGUCCAAAAUAUCGCCGUGGAGGUGACCAAGUCCUUCAUCGAGUACAUCAAGAGCCAGCCGAUUGUAUUUGAAGUCUUCGGGCACUACCAGCAGCACCCCUUCCCGCCCCUCUGCAAGGACGUCCUGAGCCCGCUGAGGCCGUCCCGGCGCCACUUCCCCCGUGUGAUGCCACUCUCCAAACCAGUGCCUGCGACGAAGCUGAGCACCAUGACUCGGCCCAGCGCCGGCCCGUGCCAGUGCAAGUACGACCUGAUGGUCUUCUUUGAGAUCUGUGAGCUGGAGGCCAAUGGCGACUACAUCCCUGCUGUCGUGGACCACCGCGGAGGCAUGCCGUGCCACGGGACCUUCCUCCUCCACCAGGGUAUCCAGAGGAGAAUCACCGUAACCUUGGUGCACGAAACGGGCAGCCUCAUCCGCUGGAAGGAAGUGCGGGAGCUGGUUGUGGGUCGGAUCCGGAACACCCCAGAAGCAGACGAGUCUCUCAUCGACCCCAACAUCCUGUCCCUGAACAUCCUCUCCUCUGGGUACAUCCGCCCCUCCCAGGACGACCGGACUUUCUACCAGUUUGAGACAGCGUGGGAUAGCUCCAUGCACAAUUCGCUGCUGCUCAACCGUGUCACCCCGUACCGGGAGAAAAUCUACAUCACCCUUUCCGCCUACAUCGAGAUGGAGAACUGCACUCAGCCCGCCGUCAUCACCAAAGACUUCUGCAUGGUUUUCUACUCCCGGGAUGCCAAGCUUCCUGCUUCCCGCUCCAUCCGCAACCUUUUUGGCAGCGGCAGCCUGCGGGCUUCUGAGAGCAACCGCGUGACAGGAGUCUAUGAGCUCAGCCUCUGCCGCGUGGCCGAUGCCGGCAGCCCAGGCAUGCAGAGACGGCGCCGGCGCGUGCUUGACACCUCCGUAGCCUACGUGCGGGGAGAGGAGAACCUGGCUGGCUGGCGGCCCCGCAGCGACAGCCUCAUCCUCGACCAUCAGUGGGAGCUGGAGAAACUCAGCCUCCUGCAAGAAGUGGAGAAGACAAGGCACUACCUGCUCCUGCGCGAGAAGCUGGAGACGACCCAGCGCCUGGGCCUGGAGACCCUGUCCCCCUGCUCCAGUGAGGACUCGGAGUCCCGAAGCACCUCCUGCGUCUCCUCCCCGCUCUCCGUCGACGGGGCCCCCGAGGCCCGCACCUCUCCCCCCGAGACCCCCAGCGAGAGGCAGAAGGAACUGGCUGUGAAGUGCUUGCGCCUGCUCACGCACACCUUCAACAGGGAGUACAGUCACAGCCACGUCUGCAUUAGCGCCAGCGAGAGCAAGCUGUCUGAAAUGUCCGUGACCCUGAUGAGAGACCCCUCCAUGCCAGCUCUUGGGGUCACCACUCUCACUCCCUCCUCGACCUGCCCGUCGCUGGUGGAAGGACGCUACAAUGCCAUGGAGGUCAGGCCCCCCCAGGUCUCCUCCAGGGCAGAGAGCCCUGACCUGGAGCCUGUGGUAGAAGGAGAGCAGAAGAACUCCCCGGCCCGCCGGCCGGAGGAGGAGAAGGAGCCCCAGCGUUUGCUGGUGCCUGACAUCCAGGAGAUCCGGGUCAGCCCCAUCGUCUCCAAAAAGGGCUAUUUGCACUUCCUGGAGCCCCACACCAACGGGUGGGUGAAGCGCUUCGUGGUGGUCCGGCGCCCAUACGUCUACAUCUACAACUCAGACAAGGACGCGGUCGAGAGGGCCAUACUCAACCUCUCCAAGGCCCAGGUGGAGUACAGCGAGGACCAGCAGGCCAUGCUCAAGACCCCAAACACGUUUGCGGUGUGCACGGAGCACCGGGGCAUCCUGCUGCAGGCGAGCAGCGACAAGGACAUGCACGACUGGCUCUACGCCUUCAACCCGCUCCUGGCUGGGUCCAUAAGAUCCAAGCUGUCCAGAAGGAGAACAGCCCAGAUGAGAAUCUAA